AUGCAUCGUUCAAGUGGAUAUAACGAUUUCGAAUGGGCGAUCAGUCGAAAUCGACUUAUGUUAAAAAUCAUUGGUUUAUGGCCGCCAGACAACCGGGACUCGCGACAAAUUGUAAAACUAAAAUUUCAACGGCUGUGCAAUAUCAUAACUUUACUUUUCGUAGUCGCGAUACCGAGUUUAAUAUUAUUGAUAAAAGUAUGGGGUAACAUGAUACUAAUGAUAGAUAAAAUGCAAUAUAGUCUACCUCAGUUAAUGACAGUUUGGAAAAUCUGCAUUAUUUGGUACAAACAAGAAGUUUUAAGCCCUCUAAUUGAUAUGAUUAAAGGAGAUUGGAUGCAGGUAAAGAUUAAAGAGGAGCGGUACAUUAUGUUGAAAUACGCUAGAAUUUCUCGAGCGAUUGCUUUGUGUGGAAUGUGCAUGGUAUUUUCUGGAAUAAUCAUUCUGUUUGGUUUACCGUGUCUCGAAAUAAUAAAAAGAUAUACGACUAAUUUAACCGAUUUUGAAAAACAUUUGUCGAUACCAACAUACUACCUGUACGAUGUGACUAAGAGUCCGGAGUUCGAGCUGACGUUAUUAGCUCAAACAUUCGCAACGUUCAUAUUUGGUAUCUCUUACACUGCGAUCGACAACUUAUUCGCACUAUUAGCUUUCCACGUAUGCGGUCAAUUAGAAAUUUUACAUUUGCGGUUGAAACAUAUGAAGAAGUAUCCCAACUACGAUGAAGUUUUAAAGUAUAAUGUCCAAGACCAUAUUCGUUUAAUCAGAUCUAUCAAAAUAAUUGAUGACACCUUCAAUUUAAUGCUACUUGCCAUGGUACUUUACUUUGCUAUACUAUUUUGUCUGCAAGGGUUUCUCAUGGUUAAUGUUAUGAAUCAGAAAGACCAAUUAUCAGUUACACAGUGGGCUUGGUGUGUCAUAUCGACUAUAAGUUAUGCUUUGCACAUGUGUCUUUAUUGUGUUGUUGGUGAAAUUUUAUUGACGCAGAAUUCCGCUGAGUUCAGAAGCGCCCAUUAUACACUCAUUAUACAAGUCAAAGACAUUAGCGCUAAACAGUUAUCGGCAUCGGCAUCGUGCUAUCCGUAUCUUUCUCCAUAUGCUGCUGUGUUUCAACUGUCCGCUAAAAGUAGCCGUUGCGACUAA